UGAGCGGGAAGGACACGUUGUUUUGUUUUGAAGUGGAUGUCGGAAGUGAUUUUGAUUGUAAAUUGUGUAGGUUGAAAACAUGUUGAAAAACUAACCUAUUAGGUUUUGAUCUGACUUUUUAAGCAUAAUAUAACUAAUUUAAGCAUAUAACUUAUACUUUUAUAGUCUUUUAUUAAUUUAUUAUGGCGGUAACCAAAGUAACUUAUUUAUUUCUUAUAUUCACAUUGUGUAUCCAACUAGUACAUCCAAUAAUAUGGAAUCCCCUUUGUUGGUUUGGAGAGUGUUGUAAUAAAAAUGACAUAAUAGAUGAUAUACAGAGAUUAAGGGCCACAAUGAAAAGAAAAGUAUAUGGACAACAUUUAGCUGAAUCUGCUGUAGAUGCUAUUCAAAGUCACUUAUAUUUUAAACCAGAUAAACCUUUAACCAUAAGUUUUCAUGGUUGGGCUGGAAGUGGGAAGAAUUAUGUGUCUUCAUUCAUUGCAGAAAAUUUAUACAAACAUGGUGUUAAAAGCAAAUUUGUUCAAACUUUCAUUGGAAGACUACACUUUCCAGAAGCUUCAAAAGUAUAUGGAUAUAAAAGGGAUUUAUACAAUUGGAUUAAAGGAAAUGUGUCUUCUUGUAGUAGACAGCUAUUUAUUUUUGAUGAGGUCGAUAAGAUGCCCACAGAUCUUCUAAAUGCUAUCAAGCCAAUACUAGAUCAUAAAGGACUUGUUGAAGGAGUAGAUUACACUCGAGCAAUAUUCAUAUUCUUAUCAAAUACAGGUUCCAAUAUAAUAAAUCAACACUAUUUAGACUUGUGGAACUCAGGUAGACAACGAGAAAACAUGAAACUAUCAGACUUUGAGAGUUUAGUUAUGAAAGGAGCAUUUACUGAAAAAGGCGGCUUUCAAUUUUCAGAUGUCGUAAAAAGUAAUCUAAUCGACCAUUACAUACCAUUUUUACCUAUGCAAGAAGCGCAUGUUAAAGAAUGUAUCAAGGAUCAAUUUAGAGAACGAGGGAUCACAAAUCCCACUGAUGAUGAUAUAAAGGAAAUAAUGUCAUUCAUCGAAUGGGGACCAGAGGGUGUCAAUUUAUUUUCAAAGACUGGAUGUAAAAGAAUCAGCGCAAAAGUUGGCAAACUAGUGGUGCGGAAAUAUCCAGAGAAGUUGAGAUAUGAAUUAUAAGAAAAAAAUCGACACCUAUAUAGCCACAAUAACAAAAAUACUAAUUUCGAACGGAACACUCAUUGGUGCUAUUUAUAUAGUUUGUCAAAUGUUAAUCCAGACCCAGUGCAGAUUGACCUUAAUUCAUCGUGAACAAAAAAAAUAAUAAUUUAGUAAGGCGACACUUGAAAUGUUCAGCUUGUCGUUCUUUUUCUUAUGAUAAGUUAGUUAUCAUCAUAGGUAGCCGUACUUAAAUUGCAGCUGCUCUGAAGAGGUUAUUUGACUACGCAAUCGUACUAUUCUCGAAGGUUUCUCAGACAGGAAAUUCUCCUUUGUCUAACGUCUCUCUUACCUUUACUCUUUCUUAUAUGAUAAGUCUUAGCAUUUCACACUUUAGUAAUUAUAAUAGCAUAAAUUAAAAAAAAAAAAACAAAAUAAGUUAUCAAUCGAAGUAACACAGAAAACGAUAAUAAAUAUCGUUCCCAUACCACCAGAUUGAUAACAGGUGGAGUACUUUCUUUGUUUACACCUCCUGAGAUUUUCAAAAUUUAUAAAUCAUACAGGAUGCCGAGGAAACUAAGAUGAGAGAAUUUUAAAUAAUUCACAUCCCAUCUGCUCAGGGUGGUAGCCAACAAGAAAGAUUCCUUAGUACUCAACAAAAGAGUAAAUGAAUUAAAAAUUUAUAAACAUUUUCAAUUUCUUUGCAACACGAACAUGCAGCAGCUGCAUAAUACUAUGGUUAAAUCGGAGACUGCAGGAAGUGUAUACCGGUUUCGAAGGUUUUUUCCUUCUCAUCAGUAGUCCCAUAUCCAGUAGUCCCAUAUGGGAACGAUAUUUAUUGUCGUUUUCUGUGCUACUUCGAUUGACAACUUAUUUUAUUUUUCGGUAGAUGGCUCUAGUUCAUCCGCGGCAUUUCGUUCUUUGCAAUUCGGAAAGGCCCAAAGUAUUGUACCUGAGGAAAUCGGAGAGAAAAGAGGAUAUAGGACUACUGAUGAGAAGGAAAAAACCUUCGAAACCGGUAUAGACUCUUCCUGCACUCUCCGAUUUAACCAGAGUAUUAUUAUGCAGCUGCUGCAUUUUCGUGUUGCAAAGAAAUUGAAAAUGUUUAAACAUAAAAAAAAAACAAUUCUAAACAUGGUCCAUGUAUUCCAGUUUUCUAGCACUUUGGUAUCAGCAACUCUUGGAAUCCACGGUAUUUUCAUUUCUUUUGUGUUCCGUAGAAGUCGUAUUCCAUCUGUUUUAAGAAGCUCUGUCAAUAUUCCCUUUUUACUUGUCUGACUAAAGUAUUCGUUUUAUUUGUUGUGUUGUGUGUUGUAAAAUUAUGUGAAAACCAAGCUAGUAGUUGGGAAAAUGCCCAACAUAUAAGAGAAUACGAACUAGAUAUCUUAGGACAUCAGGAAAAAUAGAAAAGAAAAACUUCACUCCGGAGAAAAUAAGCAGGAACAAUGUAACUGCAUUUAUGAUUAGUAAAAAACUAAGAAAUUUGGUCAUGGUAACUCAUGGAGUUCAGAGCAAGUAAUGGAAGAAUUUCAUACAUCAAAAUCAAGAACAAUUGAAGCUGGCAAUGGGAUACAUCAAAAUCACCAACAAUUGAAGCUGGCAAUGGGAUAAGACAGGGAGACUCCAUUGCGUCCUCUAUUGUUCAACCUGAUCAUGGAUGAAAUAAUAAAAAAAAAGAUACCAAAUGGGAGAAAAACAACUUAAAAUAAUCUGCUAUACAGACGACACAAUACUAAUCUCUCAAAGUGAAGAUAAUUUACAACGUAUGCUGCACAAUUUAACCCUUAACUAGUAGUCCAGGGCGCAUAUGUUUUGAGAUAGACGUUGCAGAAAUUGCUUGGAAUUAACUCAUAUAAUAAUGAUUGAGUUAUCCUCCCACUCAAAAAGGUAAAAAAAUUGUUUAAAUAAUCAAAAUGUCAAAAAAUCAAGGAAAAAUUAGAUUUUUUUCUUCGUUUUUUGAUUAUAACUUUAAAAGUAUUCACUUCCGAGAAAAGUUGCACUGAGAUCAAAGUUGCGUAAUUAAAUUUCCUACAAUAUAGGAUUUUUUCAAAAUUUUAAAAAUUGUCACCCUUGUAAAAUAGCAAUAGUUGCGAAAAAACAUAAAAAAAAAACAAGUACAUAUUUAAGGGAAAAUGAAAAUGUAGUAUGUCAAAGUGUGUAAAUAAUUUUAUUUCCUUAGCUGAGCGCUUUCGACAUAAACGUCAUCAUCGGAGCUAAUGCUAAAAUAAAAAAAGAGAUCUUGUAAGAACAAGAAGUACAAAACUCUUUUUUUACUUACGUCAAAUACUAAAAAAGUACCGCUACAUAGAGGUGUAAAAAGUGACGUUUAUGUCGAAAGCGCUCAGCUAAGGAAAUAAAAUUAUUUACACACUUUGACAUACUACAUUUUCAUUUUCCCUUAUUCAUUCAAGUGUGUACAAACUUAUCAGUCUUUCAACUAAGUACAUAUUUGCAUUUUACGUUUUUCGACCAUUUAUGCUAUAGUUAGGACCUUCAUAUUAUUUUACCCAGAAAAACUUUAUGAUAUAAUAAAAUAAAACUGUAAAUUUCAUUAAUAUCGGUUCAAUAGAUUUUGCAAUCCAGCUUUCGCAAAAAAAAAUUAAUUUUUUCAAAAUGUUGCAGGACUGAAAAUAAAAUAGAUAGCAAGCUGAAUUUUUUUUACAUAUAGAAUAAUACUGUACCUUUCAUCUGCAAUUUGCAAAAUUAAAAUCGGUUGACUACCGAGGCGUCAGGAUUUUUUUUAAAUAAACAUUAAUUUCUGGUGCUACGUGCAGGACAGCGGUGUUCGAUUCACACAACUUGAUUUCCACCAAAAUUUUUUCCAAUAUUUAUCUAAUAUAUUAUUUUCUUACUCUAUAUUUUGUUGUAUUUUAACAUUUUAAUUACACAAAAAUCAAACUAAUUUGAUUAUUGUUUGUGAAAUAUUGUUUAACCUUUAACUACACGCGCUGGCGUACUUUGUACGCCAGAUAUAAGAAUUCUACUGGAAAUAUAUUUAAAAAUUUAAUUUUUGACCUUGCUUAUUUUUCUAACCUAUCACUGGAAUGUGCUUUAUAAUUUGGUUUUAGUUUCGUUAUAAUCGACGUUCUGGAAAGAUCGUAAUUUACAUUUUAUUAUUUGUUGUUUCCGGUGGUGGACAAUAUACCCCAGGAUUAUAUUACUAUAAGUCGUAAUAUAAGUACAUAUUUUAAUUGUUUUUUAGUCAUUAUGGCAAAAAAUAUAUUUUUCUUUAUAAACAAUACUUUUUCUCCUGUAAAAAAUCACAUUUAAAAAAUUUUUUAUUAGUAAUUUUAUUUAUCAUGGGAUCCAGUUAUUCCACGAUUCCAGUUAUAAAUCCCAAUUGGCUUACUGAAAAGGAACUCCAAGUAUUCACUGAUGCCGAAUAAGGUUUAUAACAAACAACUAAGUGUAUUUUUUCAAAAAAAAAAUUAAACGAAUUCGCUGUUUUUAAGUGUAUUUUCUUGUGGCGUACAAAGUACGCCACGCGUGUAGUUAUGUUAUAACUUGAUGCGCGGGUAGUUAAAGGUUAAACAAUUGCAUAUGUUUAUAAAUAAUAAACUUUUAUUCUCUAAGAGCAAACAGUAGCGAUCAACAGGUAGCAACAAACGCGUUCCAAGAUUGCGGCUUUAAUUUUGAAUAUUUUGUCGAGAUAUUUGGUACACAUAUUCGUAAUAUAAUAAAGAAUGGCGGUACAGAGUACCCAAUUUCAGAAAUAUGUUAGUAUGUGGAAAUUACUCUAUAAAUAAAUAAUAUAUUGAAAAAAGGAGCCUGUACCGCCAUUAAGAAAGAAAAAAAUACACUUUCUCCAAAUAACCUUUUUUAUCCGGUGCCUAGAUUUUGUGUCACAUUGGAACUACUAAAAAUCGAUUUUUUUAUAACAAGAAAUCGAACGUCACUGACUUCGCAACAUUUCGCGCCUAUGUGUAUAAAAAUUAUUGUUUUUGAUAGUAUAAAUGUCACUGUCAGUGUCGAAUUACCGACGCACUGUUGCCUCACUUUUGAAAGUUCGCAGAACUUUCGCAAUCUUGGACUGCGUUUGUUGCUACCUGUUGAUCGCUACUAUGUGCUCUUAAAACAUAUGAACCAAGAAAGUGUUUGCUGAAAAAAGUGGUAUUUCAAAGGACAGACUAUGUGUUUUUAAUUUGCAAUAAACAAAUUUAUUUAUUUAUAUCGAAAUGUACUAAAAAUUAAAAUUUAUCAAUCAUUAUCAAAGGUCAUUGGAAUGCCCAAUCAGAAUGAACGUAUCCGUUGUCCUGCGCGUAGUACCAAAAAUUAAUGUUUAUUUAAAAAAAUCCUGACGCCGUGGUAGUUAACCGAUUUUAAUUUUGCAAAUUAAAAAAUGAGAGGUACGGUAUUCUUCUAUAUGUAAAUACAAUUCAACUUGCUGUCUACUUUAUUUUCAGUCCUGCAACAUUUUGAAAAAAUUAAUUUUUUUUUUGUGAAAAUUGGAUUGCAAAAUUUAUUUUGCAAAAUCUAUUAAACCGAUCUUAAUGAAAUUUACAGUAUUGUUUUAUUAUAUCAUAAAGUUUUUCUGGGUGAAAUAUGAAGGUCCUAAGUGUAGCAUAAAUGGUUGAAAAACGUAAAAUGCUAAUAAUUAUUUUUUUAUGGAUUUUUCCCAAUUAUUGCUAUUUUGCAACAAGGAUGACAACUUUUAAAACUUUUAGCUAAUCCUAUGUUGUAGGAUAUUUAAUUACGCAAUUUUUAUGUCGGUGCAAUUUUUCUCGGAAAUUAAUACUUUUAAAGUUAUAAUCAAAAAACGAAGAAAAUAAUUGAAUUUUUCUUUAAUUUUUUCACAUUUUGAUUAUUUAAACAAUGUUCCGGACCUUUUUGAGUGGGAGGAUAACUCAAAUAUGAGUUAUUCUCAAGCAAUUUCUGCAAAAAAUUUGAGCCACCUCUCAACGUCCAAAUGUACUAAUAUUUUUACAGAUGCGCCCUGGUCUAUAGUCAUUACGUGGUCAAAAAGACCGCACGUACUACAAAUCACUAAUAUUUCGGCAAAAAUUUACAUUUGGUAACCACAGUCUUCACUAGCUUACUUAUUGCAUACAUGGAGCCUCAGUACUAAAUGCUUACAUGCCCUAUCCAUCUAACCGUGCUACCUUAAUGAAUGUUACAACGUCAGGAUCCCCGAAAUUUCUAUACAGCUCAAAGUUGCAACGUCUGUGCAACAAACCUUGUUCUUUUAUACACAGAAGGACCAAGAGGUGCUUAAAAGUUUCGAGUAAAAAAUCCUAAGAAGAAUAUAUGGAGGAAGAUGUAAGUAAUGAAGUCAAAUUAGUCUUCUACGAGCAACUAGAAGAUGCUUUUAGAAUAACUAACAUUAUUUCCUGUUUAUAGCUGACAUUUUGUCAAGUUGGGUUGAACUUCGUGCUUCUUAGUUUUUAUUUCAUUCCAUUCGUCUGCCCAUGAACUGAUAGUCUAAGAGCUGGGAGCGGAUUUUGUGCGUGAUAAGUAAUAUGGUAAAACUAUACGGGGACAUAUUGAAUUAGUUGUGUACAUGACUUUCACCAACGGCCGGAAACCAGAGUUGGGGCCGAGGGUAGUUAUAAGGGGUCAAAGUCGCGGAUUUUAUAAUUUUUUUUAUGACGCUCAUGAUCGAGAUAGUGCACCAAAAUUUGGGAAAAAGUAGGUCAUGACGUAACUAAGUAAAAUCUCUAGGGGCGCAACGCUACGUGGCCGACAACGUGGUGGGGAUAGGGGUGAAUAUAAAAAAUAUAAGGGGUUUUUUGCGACGUUCGUGAUUGAGAUGGUGCACCAAAAUUUGGCUGUAAGUAGACCAUGACAUAAAUAAGUAAAAUCCCAAGAGCCAGAAACCAGAGUGGGGGAGGAAGGUAGUUAUAAGGAGUCAAAGUUCCGUUUUUUAUAAUUUUUUUUUUUGACGCUCAUGAUCGAGAGAGUGCACCAAAAUUUGGGAAUAAGUAGGUCAUGACGUAACUAAGUAAAAUCUCCAGGAGUGGAACGCUGUGUGGCCGACAAAGGGGUGGGGCAGGGGUGAAUAGAAAAAAAUGUAAGGGGUUUUUUUGCGACGUUCGUGAUUGAGAUAGUGCACCAAAAUUUGGGAAUAAGUAGACCAUGACAUAACUAAGUAAUAUCCCCAGAGGGGGAAACGAGAGUGGCGGACAAGGGUAGUUAUAAGGGGUAAAAGUCGCGGUUUGGAUUAUUUUUUUUUUGUGGCGCUCAUGAUGGAGAUAGUGCACCAAAAUUUGGGAGUAAGUAGGUCAUGAGGUAACUAAGUAAAAUCUCCAGGGGCGGAACGCUGCUUGGGGUACAAAGGGGUGGUAUGCAGGGGUGAGUUUAAAAAUAUAUUGGGGUUUUUUGCCGGUCGUGAUUGAGAUAGUACACCAAAAUUUGGGAAUAAGUAGAUCAUGACAUUACUAAGUAAAAUCUCCAGGGGCGGAACGCUGCGUGGGGGACAAAUGUUGUGCCGGGUCACAAAAAAAUAAUACACACUGCGACUUUGACCCCUUAAAACUACCCUCAUUCCCAACUCUGGUUUUCGGCUCUGGGGAUUUUACUAAGUCAUGGUCUACUUAUUCCCAAAUUUUGGUGCACUAUCUCAAUCUAGCAUGUCGCAAAAACCCCUUAUAUUUUUUAUAUUCACACCUACCCCUACCCCUUUAUCGGCCACGCAGCCUUCCACCCCUGGAGAUUGUACUUAGUUAGUUCAUGACCUAUUUAUUCCCAAAUUUUGGUGCACUAUCUCGAUCAUGAGCGUCACAAAAAAAAAUAAUAAAAACGGCGACAUUGACCCUUAUAACUACCCUCGCCCUCCACUCUGGUUUCCGCCUCUGGGGAUUUUGCUUAGUAAUGUCAUUGAUUAAUAAACACAUAGAUACCUCACCUUAAGGUAAAACCGAAUUCAGUGUUAAACUCCGCCCACUUACACCUCUUUGCCCCUCAUGUCUAAGUACUACCUGACUGGACGGUGGCGACAUUUAUUGAAAUUUUUGCCAAGAUUGAAAAAUAAAUUUGAGUUGCUUGGCUGGCGUAAUAGACAACGAUAUAAGGGUAGUAUUCAGCAUUUUCACAAAUAAUUUUAACGAGCUUGUAAUCUCUAUUUUGGAAUUCCUAUUUUACUUCAGAUAAAACGCUAAAUAUUGAUUAAUAAAAAUAGUGAAGCGGUUUCCUAAAAAUGAUUUAAUUAUUAAUACACUACAAAAAACCAACAAAAUAGAAAAUACACAAUAAAAUUAGCAGUGAUAAUUCACAUGUAAAUUAUUUUUUGCAAUUUGUAAAAGAAAUUAAUUUUCAGAACUAAUGCGAAAUAAAAUAUUUGAAGUUGA